AACGAAAAGAAAAGAAAAGAAAAGAAAAGAAAAGAAAAACAAAAAACUCUAUCAUAUGCCAAUCCCAAUAGCUUAUUUAGCCCCUGGGCUGAAUAUAUCCAAUCAAUCCUCAAAUAGACCGGGUUAAAACCCGUUUGCAAUCAGAUCAGGGAAUGCGUUGAGCACAUGCAAAUUCACAUAUCUCAUCUUGUUAUUAUUGUAUCAACUUCUCUUGGAAAAAAUCCAGACUGGUGGCGCAUUAAACUUUACCCAUAGUUCUUGCUCCUCCAUCACUUAUUAACCUUAGACACCACACAUCUUUCAUUGACCAACAACUUACUUUCAAUCUUCUGACCACCAUCUCGCACCCAUCUCACUCAAAGGUUCAUACUAGUCAUAUUUCCAUCCAGGAACGAAUUGUCAGAUACCAAGCAACUAAGUCACAUAUAAUACCACGUUUGUCCUACACGUCUGAGAAAGAAUGGCACCUCAAGUAAACGGCGAGACUCCCUCAUCCGUCUUCCUCGAUCAUCUCACAUCUUACCCUCUCAUCCACGACUCCAUCUCUACCUUCAAGUCUAACCCCUAUGGCCAAAGAUCCAUCGACCUGACCGCAACCUCUUACGAGAAGUUUGGCAAACCAAUCAUUCCAUACCUCCAAAAACCCUACCAAUAUGUAUCUCCUUACGUCGCGAAAGCCGAUGAGCUUGGCGACUCUACCCUGUCCACCAUUGAAUCGAAAUUUCCUGCCGUCAAGAAACCUACAGGCGAACUCUAUAGUGAUGGAAAAUACUUUGUGUUCUAUCCGAUAACAAAAAGUAACGAGGGAAAGGAGUAUGUGUUGGGAAAAUACAACAGCGAGGUCAAGAAGACGGAAGAUCAGGGUUAUUUCGGCUACGGAAAGGCAGUCGUCAGCACAGGAUUGAUCGUAUCAAGUGAGGCCUUUCAAUGGCUGAGUCAAUUUCUAUCAGCCAAGAAGGCAGAGGCCAAGGAAGUAACCAACGAGAAGAUAAACAACUAGGAAACAUAGAGGGAUGGGAAUAGGAAGUAAUGAGACGCGAUUGUCGGUGGAAUGGUAAAUAAGGCGAUGGCAUUUCUCUCAAAUUGAUCGGAAUGUGGAAAAUGAAUGAUGGAAUGAAGGGAAAUGAAGCUACAUAACCGUCGUACAUUAAUAAGGUUACAUUCUGGAUUCUCCACCUACAAAUCAAAAAUGCUCUUUCGGGGUUUAUUUAAAUGAGAGUAUGGAUACACUUCGUACAUAAUUCUCUCUAGGGAAUAGCGAGAGCGAUGAUUGCAUUUUGUGCUCCCAGGUGAAAUGCUUACACCACAUACA